AGAAAAGGAAACCGUGGAUGUCUCCGUGCCUCAUAUUCUGGACGGAAAUGGCGUUUGCUACUUUACAGCAUGUUAUUACAUCUCAUUUACGAGGACUCUCCAAGUCUAUAAACCCCUUUUACUAGCAUUAGGGGUAUCAGGAUGAUAGGAUUAUUAUAAGAGUUUUCUCAGACGUGAAAAUAUCAAAGGACUCGUGCGUAAUUCCUUGGUUUCUUGCCGUUUUUACGCACAUUCCGAUUUGUUGUUGAAGCGGUCAUUUCCUUUUUGGGGUUUCUUUAGUUGUUUGUGAAAUAUAAAAAAGAAAUCCUAACUCGAAGCUGACAAAAAAGGAGGGGGCGGGGGGCAAAGGAAGGAUUGAUUCACUGGCUGUAUUGGUAAAUAUGAUCACGUGAUCCACGUAACCAAUCCCUGUAGAUGCAGGCCAGCAAAAAUACUAUGAUUGUUCACCGAGGGAAGCUUCCCGUAUGAGUGCCUGUAUUUUAUGAGUAGGAAGAGAUCAAAAAUGUCUUCCAGUGGCACUAUCAGUAACUACUACGUGGACGCCGUGAUGGCGGAGCCGGAGGAUAUUUACGCUCCUCGCCUUAUUCAGGCUCCUCACACGGUGACCCCGAGGCCGUCAGGUGCCGGGGACAACGCAGACUUCUCUUCUUGUAAUUUCGCACCCAAAUCCGGAGUUUUCUCCUCGUCCUGGUCCUCGGUUCAUCCUCAGGGGAUUUAUCAUCCGUACGUGCACCAUCACCACCAGCCGCAUCUGCCAGCAACCGACGGGAGAUAUGUCGGAGUCCGCCCCUGGAUGGAGCCCAUUUCCAACCACGUUUCGUUCGCCGGCUUCCACCCCAGCAACAGUCGGCCGUACGGGGCGAAGCCAGACGUCCUGCCCGCCAAAGUUGCGGAGUGCGACGCCCUGGAGCCGGAGGCUCGACCGCUCCCUGCUGAAUUCUCCUGCGGAGGCGCGCAGUGCGCAGAGAAGGCAACGAAGGAGCCGCGCAGAGGAAGCGAGAUUUCGAGUCACGGAGAGCCAAAAGACGAGAAACAACAACUUGACCCGAACAACCCUGCUGCAAAUUGGAUCCACGCGCGCUCCACGAGGAAAAAGCGGUGUCCUUACACGAAAUACCAAACUUUGGAGCUGGAGAAAGAGUUCCUCUACAACAUGUAUUUGACCAGAGACCGGCGCUUUGAGGUCGCGCGCAUACUGAGUCUAACGGAGAGACAAGUGAAGAUCUGGUUCCAGAACAGGAGGAUGAAAAUGAAAAAGAUGAACAGAGAAAAAUGCGGGAAGGAGCAGCUAUAGGUUUACGUUCCCUGUUUUGUGUCUGGAAAUCACAUUUGUUUUAGGACUUUUUUUUGGGUCGAGUGGAAUGAAUUGUCCAUGUGACCAGGGACAGCUUCUAUUCAGACGUCCAGGAAUACUCCAAAAUGUUUCAGCAUUACAAUCAGUGUGGACAACCCGUUCCGUGUCCAUUGUAAGCGAAGUAAAACAUGUCAUACCAGCCACCUUGACUGCAGUUUACGCACAUGCGUCUCCGGCAUCUGAAAGACCUGAAAUAACCCAAUUUUCACUCCACGUGAUGGAUGUUUCCUUCAAAGUCCAGAGGCCAAACUGAGUUUUCUU